UCAAAAGCUGUCACAUUUUCAUAUAAUGUGGAAAACGAAUAACUUAACCCUAAUUAUAAUUUUCUUUAUAUCAAAAUGGAAGUUUUAUUAAAUUAUUUCCUUUGAUGAGAUGGACGCAUAUAACUAUGGCAGUGCAAGGGUUUCCCGGUGCGAAUCUUAUUGGACAGCUCCUAAGACAAAUCACGCAGCCAUUGUCAAAGGCGAUAGUAAAACGUGUGAAGAAACGGCCGCUUUUAAGAAAAUACGUUCUGAUUCAAUUGGGACGUUUUUAUUAUUUAUGUGAAGAUAUGAUAAAGUGGCGACAGAUUUCAGUUAUAGCAAAAAAAAGACCCGUUGACGACGAUCACACAAUGGAAGUAGGAACGACACUACUACUCGAGGUAUUAGUCUUUGGAUUUUUGGGGAGUGUACUUAUAUAUGAGACACGAAAGGCUGGAGAGAGAUCGCGCAUCGCUGAGCAGCUGAAAAUUCAGGAGCUCAAUGACUUAGAGGCGAAGAAAGAUCGACUGAUACAGCAAGUCAAGGAUCAAGUGAUCUUGACAAAACGACUCAAAGAAAUCAUUGUAGAGUAUUCGAGACAAGUUGGAUGUACGUUACCGAGUGAUCCCAAGAAGAAAGGCGAAUAGAAUGCUCCAUUUGAUGGAGCAAACCUCGGAGCAAACCAACUACAAAUUCAGGAAGUUCAAACCGGAACUGGCAACGAAGUUUGCAAUCUCUUGCACAAACACAUGCACGAGUAACGUUGUCUGUCUAUGUGUAUAAUUAGUUCGUUCGUAUAAGUACAAGAUUGCUGGAGUUAAAACCGAUUCGUGGAGGAAUGUUUCCGGCAGAAGCCCGAUUACAAAUGUAGGUACUCUGCACUGGAGAAGCAGAACAUUUUUACGAUCUUCUUCCUCGGUUGUUCUUGACUGAAAAGAAAAGGUCUUUCGCGAAAAGAAAGAAAAAGUAUAUUUAAAAUUUCGCCUGAAAACCCCAAUUGUAAAGCGAAGAUUUAUCUCAUCCCUUCGUAUAUGUCUUAUACGAUCCCAAUGUUUUCAAAGCAAAAAAAUAUUUCUUUU